CUUUUCCUGUGAUGAAGAGUGGCAGAGUUCAUCUCUUACUACCUGAAGUCAAUCUGAGCACCAGUUACUUUCACACUUCAUUGUCUGAGUAGCGAGACAACAUGCAAUGGCCAUUGUGCUUUGUGCUCAUAGUUGGACAGAUGAUGCUGGUGACUUCAGAUAUCUUACAUCAAUUAGAUAUUUUAAGUGCAAAGGACGUUGUAGAAGAAGAAGAGUCGGUGACCCUUAAAUGUCGAGGUCAUCAAAUAGGAAAACACAGCGACAUCUCGGUGAAUUUAUAUAAAAAUGGGGAGAAAGUGCAAAUGAAGCCAAGUACUAAAGAGAUGGGAAUUGUCACCUUCAAGCUGGAGAACAUCAGACGAGAGCAGACGGGGAACUACACCUGCUUUUAUGAAGAGAAGACAACAGAAAAUAUGAUGCACAUCAAGACAGAGAAUUUCUUGAGCUUGACCAUUAAAUCGUCUGUGCUCACUUUACAAGCUGAGAAAAAGAAGUCUGUCCAAGGGGGUCUGGACGUGACAUUCAAAUGCUUUUUCCCCAAAGGGAAAAAAAUACAAAACCCACCAAAUAUGUUUGAGCUUUAUGAAAAUGGAGUAAAGAUCAUGUCAAAGUCUGUGGAGAACAAACGGGGAGUGGAGUUUACUGUAGAGAACGUCAAUGAAACCAGCGAUGCAACUUACAUGUGUCUGUACAGAGGACAGGGAGACUUUACUAUUCAGAGUCAACAGUACGGCCUUCAACACAGAGAUUUGAACUUUGUGCUUAAUGUCAUCGGGCUCGCUAUUUCUGGUGUGGUGUUGUUAGCACUUGGCUUCAUAUUCCAUGAUGCCUGCUGUCAGACAAGAGAGAAGGACAGCUUUUAUUUACAGAAAUAA